AUGGCGUUGGCGCAGCGAUUAAGACACCCUCGAGCACCCCAUUUGCAUUCCAAAAGGAAGGGACCGUUAUUGAGGGACAACAAGCACACACACACACACGCUCGUCAACGUGAAAAAAAAGCACAACAGAAAAGGUUGAAAAGAACAAAAGACAAACUUGUGCUUUGGUUUCCUCUCACUCUGUCACUCUGUCACUCUGUCACUCUCUCUCUCUCUCUCUCUCUCUCUCUCUCUCUCUCUCUCUCUCUCUCUCUCUCUCUCUCUCUCUCUCUCUCUCUCUCUCUCUCUCUCUCUCUCUCUCUCUCUCUCUCUCUCUCUCUCUCUCUCUCUCUCUCUCUCUCUCUCUCUCUCUCUCUCUCUCUCUCUCUCUCUCUCUGUGCUGGUCUCUGUCUGCUGGUCUCUGUCACUUUGUCUCUGUCAUUCUGUCUCCGCCUUUGUCUCUGUCACUCUGUCUGUCCCCGUCGCUCUGUCUCCGUCUCCGUCUCUGUCACUCUGACAAGACCUUAG